AUGAAUAUACUGCUUUGUAUAAGCUAUGAGGGAACUCCGUACCAUGGAUUUCAAGUACAAAGUGCUGUUCCAACAGUCCAGGAGACAAUAGAACAGGCGCUGAAAAAUAUUUAUGCAAAGCGGAUACACAUCACAGGAGCAGCACGAACAGAUAGCGGGGUUCACGCAGAGCGUUCGUAUGUCAACUUCUUUGUGGACGAAACAAAAAUUCCACCGCGGAAGCUUGCGUAUGUUCUAAACACUAUACUUCCAAGUACGGUGCUUGUGUUGUAUUCCAAGCAGGUUCCCGAUGGUUUUCAUGCAAG